AUGUCGACGCAGGAGCCCACGACUAUCUACUCUCAGGCGGCGGUGUCCCCGCGAUCCGCUACGAGGCCGCCACGGGUCCUUUCUUGCGUACUGUGUCAGCAGCGCAAGGUCAGGUGUAAUCGUGAAUUUCCGUGUUUCAACUGCACCAGAGCUGGCGUCCAGUGCAUUCCUGCCGCUGGUGCGCGCCCGCGGCGUCGUAGAUUCCCCGAGCGAGAGCUGCUGGAGCGUCUGCGGCGCUACGAGGCCCUGCUCCGCCAGAACAAUAUCCCAUUCGACCCGCUGCACACACCUACAGCAGAAAGUCCGUGCCAAAGCGAGUGCCCCAGAGGAUCUAGCACUCCGGAAAAAACAACAGAAUCUACUGUGGGGACGGAUCAGCUGUCAAGCGAGAAGAAAACAGUAAAGUGUGAAUAUUCAAACGAGGCCAAGAAUUUCUGGUAUCUCAUGAAUCAGAUGUCUUUAAGCCCUAGUGAUGGGGAGGACACCGAUGAAAACGAUAGCAACCACCCCCAGGCCGAUCUGCGUGAGACUGGGGUUAAAAAGGCGUGGGAUCAGAUAUAUCAGAGCAAUGAGCAAAACCUUCUCUUUGGUUCAUGUAAUACAAAUGUCGAUAUCUCUACUCUGCACCCAGAUCAGGUCCAGAUUUUCCGGCUGUGGCAGGUUUACUUGGACAAUGUGAACCCUUUGCUUAAAGUCACCCACACCCCCACUCUGCAAGCACGCAUCAUCGAUGCUGCCGGCGACGUGACCAAUAUCAGUCCGACAUUGGAAGCACUAAUGUUCAGUAUAUAUUGCGUAUCCAUAUUGAGCCUUGGCGAAGACCAAUGCUGUGCCAUUUUUAGGACACCAAGAGAGGAUCUUCUGAAAAGGUACCAGUUCGCAUGCCAACAGGCUCUACUAAAAUGUGGGGUUCUACGUACCAGUAGUGUUGAGUGCCUGACAGCGUUGUAUCUAUACCUGGUCUCAGUCAGAUCUAGUACAGACCCUCGGUCUGUCUCCUCAAUGCUUGGUGUUGCUAUCCGCAUCGCACAACGCAUGGGCCUGGAAAACGAGGCAAUCAAUGCCAGAUGCACGGCUCUCGAGGGCGAAAUGCGCCGAAGGCUAUGGUGGUCGCUAACUAUUUUCGACCAUCGUAUCUCCGAGGUUACAGAUUACAAGACCACGAUGCUUAUUCCCACUUGGGACUGCAGGGCUCCCCUGAACGUGAAUGACUUCGACAUCCGACCCGAAAUGAAAGUAUUGCCACAAAGUCACGAUGGACCCACCGAGGCUCUUUUCACUGUCGUACGUAACCAGGUGGGCGACUUCAUACGUCACAGCGCUUUCCAUCUCGACUUUACCAACCCUUCCUUGAAGGCUAUCGUUAAAGAUACCCCCCACGGCGGUGGUUCAGAAGGAGACAGGCAGCUGGCCUUUGCGCAGAUGAUAGAGGAUAGGUACCUCAGAUUAUGCAAUCCAGAGAACCCGCUUCACUUCAUGACUAUAUGGAGGACGCGAGGCCAACUCGCCAAGAACCGCCUCCUGGAAUAUUAUUCGAGAUAUGCGUCCGUGCCACAGACAGAUGAACAGCGCGAUAUCGCUAUUUCAUACGCUUUACGCGUCAUCGAGUGCGAUACAAAGCUUAUGACCUCUCCUCUAACAAAGGGGUACCUUUGGUUUACAGAGUUCCAAUUCCCAUUCCCCGCAUAUAUAUAUAUCCUGAAAGAUUUGCAAAAGAGACCUACUGUGGAGCAUGCUGACAGGAUCUGGCGGACUAUGAGCGAUAACUGCGAAGCUCGCUCCAAGGAUAUGCAAAAGAUCAAUCGAUUCUUUGACUUCUUCGGUAAGUUUGUGCUCGAGGCCUGGGAGGCGCGUGAGGCGGUAUCCACGCAAGUAAACAAGCCACUACAACCGCCUGGGUUUGUCUCAAGGAUCAAAGAGGUGGCGCAGACGCUGGGAGGUAGACAAGGAAGCGACCCAAGACAGCCAAAGGGCGGACUGAAUACGAAUACUGACCAUCUGUCAAUGACUAUGCCAACUGACUUUGGUAGCCAUGACUUGCUGUACAGUAUGGAAGGCCAGGGGUUUCCAAACCCGGAGCUCGGAGGCUAUCCUGGUAUACCUGGACAGGUGAUAAUGGAUGCUGAGGUGAACCAGUCAGAUUGGACAACAAUCGACUGGUAUCCGAUGCAUGCUCAGAACUGGUAA